GAUUAAUGAAAAAAUUGGGAUUUUUCUAAAAAUAUUUAUUCUUUUUCUUUUCUUUUUAAAUGUUAUAUGAAACCAAGGGAAGAAACAACUUCAGAUUGGCAAAGCAAUGAUUUCAUGAGAAGAAAGGGUGGUCAAUGGGAAAAUAAAAUAAUCUGGAGGAAACUUUUUCGUAAGACUGAAACCAACAAUAUAAAAACGAACGAAGCAGGAAAACUCAACAAAAUUGCAAUCGAACAAACCUGGCUAUAAACAAAACCGCUAAACAAGCCGCUAUAUAUCUCAAGCGAUUUUGUAGUACAACUUAAAU